GCGCACUUGAUUUUGUGUUAUUUUCAAGCACAAAAGGCAUGGAAUCUUAUUCUGCAGAAACUCACUUGAUACUGAGUACAGACCGUUUUCAUACAGCCUGAGGGCGCCCGCCUGCCUUCAUACCGACCAAAACAUGCAAGCACAACAGCUCCUUCAUGACCCUGGCGUUUCCUCUGAGACAAUUGUUUUUUGCAUACUUUCAUGGCAAUGAAGCCGUGUUUUUGUGGUUUCUGUUUAUCUCACUGUGUGAUUCUCCAGUAUUGGAAUGUCUUUAUUGGCCGCUUAUCCUUACCAUUUUUCCACUGGAGUUUGCAGGAGAUUGUAAACAGUUGUGUUUCUGUCAGACGCCAGGGGAGCAGUCCCAUAAAUAUAAGUUUAAGCAUGUCUGUGUCGCACCUUCCGCUCCCUGCGUCUACUGUGGCAGUGUGGAGUGUUUUUCCACUUCAGACACGCGAGUGUUAAACAUAAACAAACACGACUUUCUGCAUGCCUUAGACUUUAAAGAUACAGUGGAACUUCUGAGCUUCUAUUUUUCUUCCAGUAGGAAGUAAUGGAAAUAUAAAUAAUCUGUUCCAGGGUCAAACUGCUGCCAUUAUAUUGCAUUUAUUAACUGUACAGGCAAUGUUUUAGGUAACAUUUUAAUAGUCUUAACAAAAAUAAGACAACGAGUCUUAAUAUGAAGAUAAAUAAAACACCCCUUUCUAAGCUACUCACUUCUCUUACACAAGUGUAAAAAGAAGCUAACCAUCAUCUGAUGCAAAAAAACAGACCAUAACAUUGCCUUAACUUUCAUCAAGUGUUUAUAUUCAUUUUCUCUUCUUACGCUCUUCUUAUCAGAGCGUGUUUUGGGCCCUAUGAUCUCUGUGUUCACGGAAUCGCGGAAUUGGCCAAUAAAAACGGAAUUCACUGUUUAACUGCGGAAUCUCGCGGAAUUUGACGUAAUGUAAAUGAAACGCUGUCCUCGAGAGGAGAAGGAAGUGUUUCCCCGGCGGGCUGCUCAAUUGUGGCGGAAUCUCAUCGCAAACAAUAACCCGCACCGUCCCGAACUAAACAUAUCACAAUGGCGACCGCUUUAAUGUAAGCGAAAGUUUUACCGACGUCAUGCAAGGUCUGAGUGAAAGAAGACGAGAGGCACGUUUACCCUUGCACCCAGCUUGUCUUAACCGUCAACAGACAUUCUCAACACACACAACACACUUCCUGCCUUCAAAAUAGGAGCGCUGUUUGCCACACCUUGUCUAAUUGUGUGAACAAAAAAAAAACAAAGAAAAAGCAAAAACACAGAGUUAAUUCUUUGAAGUUUGUGAGAUAGGCUAAAGUCUUGUGAGAUUUGCUGUCACAUGUCGUCAUCCAUGAUGGCGGUCUGUCUUUUUGAAUAAUUGUUGUAAAAAAUGCCAAAGAAAACCCAAACGCACAAGUCACUUUGAUGCGCGACACCUACGUCACUUCCUCCUUUCGCACAUUUUUUACAACAGCGCUUUUGCGACGUCACAUGCUGUGGUAUUUAUUAUUUUUUACAUUUAUGAACAUAAAUGGUCAAUAACCAUCCAUCCAUCCAUUUUCUAUGCCGCUUCUCCUCAUUAGGGUCACGGAGGCACGGAUCCCAGCUGACUUGGGGCGACAGGCGGGGUACACCCUGGACUGGUCGCACAACACAUAUAGACAAACAACCAUUCACAUUCACAUUCAAAUCUGUGGACAAUUUAGAGUCUCCAAUUAACCUAACGUGCAUGUUUUUGGAAUGUGGGAGGAAACUGGAGUACCCGGAGAAAAUCCACACACGCACGGGGAGAACAUGCAAACUCCACACAGAAAAUGCCGGAGGGAGAAUCGAACCCAGGUCUUCCCGAUCUCCAGACUGUGAUUGUGUGGCCAACAUGCUAAUCACUAGACCAGAUUGGACUGAUGUCUGUUACAGUGUUUCCAGUGCGACUACUCAUGGUGUCCUUCCUCAUGCUGCUAGCGUGGCCCUUCGCCUUCGUGGCCUCGCUGGGACGCUCCGAGUUUGUGGUUGAGUCGCAGUCAUGGUGGAGAUGUUUCGUAGACCUAGCCCUGCGUGUCAUCAUGCGAGCCAUGUGGUUCUGUGGAGGCUUCCAUUGGAUUAAAGUGAAAGGGGAACAGGCGGCGCCUUCCGAGGCCCCCAUCCUCACCGUGGCGCCACACUCCACCUACUUUGACGCUAUCCCAGUCACCUUCACCAUGUGCUCCAUUGUUGCCAAACUGGAGAGUAGUAGUAUUCCCGUCUGGGGAACUUUGAUGAAGUACAUCAGACCAGUGUUUGUGUUCCGCUCGGAUCACGACUCUAGGAGACAAACUGUUGAGGAGAUCAAGAGGAGAGUGCAGUCCGGAGGGGAGUGGCCUCAGAUCAUGAUAUUUCCAGAGGGCACUUGCACAAACAGGUCGAGCCUCAUCUUAUUCAAGGCUGGUGCCUUCAUCCCAGGAUUCCCAGUACAACCAGUAGUGUUGCGGUACCCAAACAAACUGGAUACGACUUCAUGGACGUGGCGAGGACCCGGCGCGUUCAAGAUCCUUUGGCUCACUCUGUGCCAGCCUCAUAAUUCUAUGGAGGUAGAGUACCUGCCUGUUUAUACUCCAUCUGAUGAGGAGAAGGAAAAUCCAAGUCUGUUUGCCAGUAAUGUCAGAAAAAUCAUGGCAAAAGCGUUGGAGUUGCCGCUCACGGAUCUGUCCUUCGAGGACCGAGAGGUCAGCUUUGCACAGGGGCCCCUGCGUGCCUACAACCCCAGCAGCCUGCUGGAGUUUAACCACCUGGUGCGCCGCUUGGGGCUUAAGACCACAGAGAGCUUGUUAAAGGAGCAGGUCAGCAGAGUCAGGAAGCUGCGGGAACAUCAGCUCAGUUUGGAGGACUUGGCCCUCUUCGUCCACGUGCCUGUUUCAGUUACACUCAAGCAAGUCCACAGCCUCUUCGGCCAGAACGAAGAAGGACAGAUAGACAUCAGACACUAUGUUAUUGCCUUGUCUACUAUUCACCGACCAUCAAGAGCAAUGGAGACCCUCAAGAUGGCCUUCCAGAUGUACGAGAAUGAGGACAGCGGCCACGUCCACGAGCAUGAACUCGCCGCCAUGUUAGAAAUAAUGUUGGGGGUGAAAGAAGUGGAGCUCUCCAUGGUGUUUAUGUCGCUCGACGGGCCAGACACUGGCAAGAUCACAUAUGAUGAACUUCGCUGUUUCAUAGCAGAGCAUCCACGCUUCGUCCAGGACUACCUUGAUUUUAAAGACCACCCUCGCCAUUUCUGUGUCCGCCCGCGUAACACUUGCAAUGGACAGACCUGCGACAAAGACAACUGAGGGUUGGACUUGAGAGGCUCCCUUUUCUCUCACCACAUUUCUAUUUAUUCAUCUCUUUUUCUGGGGCAACAGCCACUUCUGUGCCUUUAAAGCAGGUAGAGGGUUGAAUGCUGAACCUAACAGAAGUGAUGGGAAUGCGAUCUAAGAUCUGCCUUACAAAUCUAUGACUAUUUUACGACACUUGUGUAAAUCCUUAAAUGUUCCAGCAUACGAGGGUUCUGCCUCGUGGGAUGCGGGAGCUUCAUAAAGCAUAAGAAACUGACAUUUUUUUUUUUUUGGUACUUUGCCAUUUUUUCUGACUUUUCUUAUCAUUUUCAGCCCAUAGACACACAUUCAACAAAUAAACAUUCACUUAAACACCAAAUUUGUUCAAGGAAUUAAUCAUGUGCGCCUAAACUGUCCUUCAAACACUGCAAAAUACUUUUUAAGCGGUUGAACCUCGAUUCAGAUGCAAAACAAUGCAAUGAUUUGCAUCUUGACACAAGUCAAAUAAAUACAUUCUACUUGUUUUUAUUUAUAACAAAAAGAGCUUAAUAAUUGCCAACUUGUUUUUGCAUCAUUUUCACUUUUAAGUUUUGAGUAUUUGAGUCCACAUGGUGGCGCCAGCUCCCUAAAUCACACGAGACGCACCACUGCCCACCUGAUGGACAGGAAAAGCAUUACCUCAUCCCCUUCCUUUCAUUCCUCCAGGUAAAAAUAGACAGAUUAAGCCUUGGCUUUGAUGAGAGAAGCCUACAGAGGAGGUGUGGAAGCUGGUGAGAAAGCGCGAGAGAGACUAAAUGGAUCGUUCUGCUCCAAAUCCAAUUCCUAAUAGCUGCAGGGAGGGUGGGUGGG